GGGUGGGAGAACUAGCUCCACUUCUCCUUGCCUGCCAAGCCUGACGGAUAAAUCAGUUAUUUCCCAACCGAGGCUAAGGUUCAGCCACAUGUUGCUAGGUAGUAUGCGGGGCGGCUACACAGGGAACAGGAGUUAUUGUCUAACCCAGCUCACGACGGCGGCUCUCUGGCUGGAGGAAGCAAAAGGCCAAAGCUACUAAGCUGCACGACCGAUCUUUAACCCCGGAGCCAGUGCAAGGGCCGGACGACAUACCCGUGCGGGGCGGUGGAAUUGCAACACGUGCCCCUCCUCUAGCCUUUAUCUGGGCAGAGGGAGGGCUGUAAAGGAGGCAGAGAGCAGGCGCGCCGAGGCGUUGUUGGGCUGCCGCAUCGCUUCUUCCUUCCCGAAGCGCGGAGGCUGCAGCCGGCCCCUACCCGCCUCCCGCCGGGCCUGAGAGAGACGCCGCGAGGGUGUUGGCGAGCGUGGGGAAGCUGCGGGAGCAGAGCCGGGACAGAGCGCGUGGGAAGCGGCGCGGAACCAGCGGCGAGCAGCUCUGUGCGCCGAGAUGCCCCGGGUGGCGGCCCUAGCGCUGGCAGCUGCCGCGGCGUUCAGUCCGCUGGCCGCGGAUGCGCGGCGCGGUCCCGCGGCAGCGGGGGGCUUCGCCGAGGACGUGCUGAGCCUGUUCGGGGAGAACCGCAGCCUCUCGGCCGCCCAGCUCACCCACCUGCUGCAGACGCUGGGAGCCGCGCGGGAGCAGGGGGCGGCGCUGCCGGGACAGCACCACCUGCACCACAACGAGUGCAUGUCUGGUGAGGACAUCUUUUCACUUCAUGGUUUUCCAAACAACAGCCAGAUAACAAAUUCCAGCUUCUCUGCAAUAUGUCCAGCUGUCUUACAACAGCUGAUUUUUCACCCUUGUGAUAGUUCAUCAAAGCACAAGAACAAAUCUAAACCGACUCCUUCAGAAGUUUGGGGGUUUGGGUUCCUUGCCGUUACUAUCAUCAACCUGGCAUCACUCCUUGGAUUGGUUUUAACUCCUCUCUUGAAGAAGCCAUAUUUCCCCAAGAUUUUAACCUAUUUUGUGGGCUUGGCCAUUGGGACACUCUUUUCCAAUGCGAUUUUCCAGCUAAUUCCAGAGGCAUUUGGAUUUGAUCCUAAAACUGACAACUAUGUUGAGAAAGCAGUAGCUGUGUUCGGUGGAUUCUAUAUUCUCUUCUUUGUGGAAAGGAUUCUUAAAAUGAUACUGAAGACCUAUGGCCAGACUGGCCACACUCACUUUGAAAAUCAUGAACAGAAUCCUCCUCAGGCUAAGGGUAAUCCACCCACACCAUUGAAAUCUAAUAAUGGGAUGACAUGCUACGCAAAUCCAGCCAUAAUAGAGCCUAAUGGAAACCUCAGUUUUGACACAGUCAGUGUGGUCUCUGCUCAGGAAGAGAAAACCCAAAGCUGCUUUAAAUGUUUAAAGGGACCCACAUUGUCAGAGAUUGGAACAAUUGCCUGGAUGAUCACGCUGAGUGAUGCCUUGCACAAUUUCAUUGAUGGUCUGGCUAUUGGUGCGUCCUUCACCCUGUCUCUGCUGCAGGGACUUAGUACAUCUAUAGCAAUCUUAUGUGAGGAGUUUCCUCAUGAACUGGGGGAUUUUGUCAUUUUGCUAAAUGCAGGAAUGAGCACCUACCAGGCUCUGUUUUUCAACUUUAUUUCGGCAUGUUCCUGCUACAUUGGUCUGGCUUUUGGUAUAUUAGUGGGCAGCAACUUUGCUCCUAACAUUAUCUUUGCAAUAGCUGGCGGUAUGUUCCUGUACAUUUCUCUGGCAGAUAUGUUCCCAGAGAUGAGCGACAUGCUGAGAGAGAAAGUGACUGGAAGGAGAACAGAUUUAACCUUCUUCCUCAUUCAGAACGCUGGUUUACUAACAGGAUUUGCUGCUAUACUGCUGAUUACCGUGUAUGCAGGAGACAUUGAGUUGGAAUAAUGAGAUUCUGAAGAUGGCACUGAUAAUGAAGGAUAUUAGAAAUGGAAGAACUCUUGAAAUCCAUAAAGGGACUUUAAAUUAAUCUACCUGGUUUAAAACAAUGACCCUGUUUUUUGUCUGCAAAUCACAGAAAGAUAGCCUCUUCUUUUAGGACUCCCAAAUCAGUCCUAAAAAAUGGGCUAUCAACUUCUGAGUAUUAUAAGCAAUGGAGUCAAACACUUGUGAAGGUGUCAGACAUACCUGCACAAUGGUAAAAAGAGGAUGCUAUAUUCAGUGGAAUUAAGCAGAAGGCAGCUAUAUAUAUUCCAUAUGACUUGGACUUAAAAAAAACAAAACAAAAUUCGCCAGGAUGGAACUUAGUACAAAAGAAAAUGGUAAGGUUCAUACUCUUAAAUUAACUGUGAUGAAAACUAAUCAGCUUGGAAACUGCCUGCUUUCAUGACUUGUUGCAGGGUUUCCCUAUAAGCAUAUAAAAAACCCCAAACGAUUUCAGAAUAGACAUAAAUGGUUCUAAAUUCUAAUUAACACUGGAAGGAAAGAUAGCGGUUAACGCUUUUGAUCUUUUCUCUUUAAGUGCACUAAUAUUGUGGAUUUAUUUUGAGAACAAUUUUUUAAAAGUAAAAACUUUGUAUUAAAUUUGACAAUUUAUGAAUUCUGUAAUGUUUUAAAAGGAUUGUGUAUUUUAAGUUUUACAAAUACUUUGCCUUGAAAUGUUUGUUUUAUAUUCAGAUAUAUAUCAAGAUCCAUAGAUAUUACCCUGGGGGGCAAAAAUCAAUUUUUGGUUUAGCUUUUGUAAGGUCUCAAUGCCAACAUUGACAAAUGGCACUAAGAAAAAAAAUAUUGUCAGCAAUCAAAGGGUUUCUGUAAUGAGUAGUUUCCUUGUACAAAAGUUCAGUGUAUCAAGGAAAAUAUGCAUUUUUGAAGGACCAAUCCUGCAUUCCUUGGACUCUCAAAACAUUAAUUUUUAUUGUAUCAGUUUUCCAAAAUCAUGCUUGCAAGAACCCAUUUUUAAAAAACCAAACACAACUGGCCUGGUAUUGUAAGUUGGAGAUUUUCCCACCUUACUUCCUACCUGUAGAGACUGGACUUUUCUCCAUUUGUUAAAAUAUAUCUUCGAGGCAAUAAAAUUGAUUUGAAUAUUUUAA